UUACUGAUCAAGCAACUCAACUGUUCAGCUGUAGCUUACGAAAAUGACGACUAAAUUGAUAUUAUUGUUGGUUUUGUACAUUACUACAUGUCAAGCUACAGACUUUUUUUUAAAAUCGAUCAUCAGUGAAAAGACACCGCUUCUAACUGGCGUGUUUAAGUCGAAAUUCAGAGCAACAACUGGCGCUGCGUUCCAGCUUUUAGUUACCGAUGGAAGAUUUAAGGCAGUUCUUGUACUUGGCGAUAAUAUAAAUGGAAUAAUUGUAUUAAAUAAGACACUUUUUGGUCUCAUUCCAUUUGGUUCCGAAAGAACCUUCAGAAUAACCUGUGAGCUAAGGCACAUAAGAAAUAAUAUACUUCUUGAUAAGAUCAAUCUUGUGGUGUAUGUUUUGAAAGCAGGCUACGCCGAUAGUUUGCUUAAAAAAGCUUUGUCUGUAAUGGAUAAAGUAAAACUAAGUAAUCCUUUCCGACCCACUGGACAAAACUUCAGAUUACCAAAAAAAUUGCAUAGCAUCCUUAUGGCAACAAGGAGCAGAAGGACAAGAGCGAACUCACUGGCUUCAUGCAAGUUUAAUCAGGUGUGCAAAGAGGCUGAAAAACUGAUCAAAACGGAGGUUGACGAGACCGCUGAAAUUUAUGUGGGUCCUGAAGGCAUGUUUUCAGAAGAACGUCUUGAAGAACUAAUAGAAGAGACUGGUUGCAUUCCGGAGAUUUCAAAUAUUCAAUGCGAAGCAAAUCAAGCUUAUCGAUCGAUAGAUGGAACAUGUAACAAUUUAGAUAAUCCAACACAAGGUGCAGCUGAUACUAUUUUUUCCCGCAUGUUUCGUGCUCGAUACUUUGAUGCUGAAGGACUGAAUGAGCCGGCAGGUGGAGGUUUAAAUCAACCUAAUGCACCAAACCUACCUAAUCCUUCCAAAGUAACAGAUGAGUACAUCGUCAUUCAAGAUAAAAAUCAACCAAACCGCGAUGGUAUCACGCAUUUGUUCAUGCAAUGGGGACAGUUUAUUGAUCAUGAUUUAACAUUAGCACCGGAAUCUGAGAAUGGUGACAUAUGUGAAAAUAUACCGUGCGAUGGUAGCGCAGAAGAUUUUGUUGAUCCAUGCUUCCCAAUCUUGCCUUUUGGACAAAGACCAUGUAUUCGAUUAAUUAGAUCUGCGGCAAGAUGUGAUUUUAAGAAAGCUACACCACGUGAGCAGAUUAAUGUAAAUACUGCAUAUCUUGAUGCAUCUAUGGUUUAUGGGUCAUCAGAAAGCGUUCAAGACGCAGUUCGUGAUGCCGGAAAUCUUAGGUUUCUGGCAACUUCUGGUGAUAAUCUUCCUCCAAUUGACAACAGUCAAUUAGGUGAGCCACUUAGCCUUUGCGAGAAUCUUGGAUCUUGUUUCCUCGCAGGUGAUAACCGAAUAAACGAACAAGCAGCUUUAGCAGCUAUGCAUACACUCUGGGUUCGUGAACACAAUCGUAUUGCAAGACGUCUUUCAAGAAUAAAUCCACAUUGGUACUCAGAAAAAAUCUAUCAGGAAGCAAGAAAAAUUGUUGGUGCUUUGAUUCAACAUAUAACAUAUGAAGAAUGGUUACCAAUUCUGAUUGGAACUGAUGUAUUAGAUUCAAACAUCAGAUAUAACCCCAGAGUAAAUGCUUCUAUAUCUAACGAGUUCGCUACAAUAGCAUUUAGGUUAGGACAUAGUUUGAUCAGACCGAAGUUUGAAUUUCUCAAAAGAGACUAUGAAUCUUUUCCGUUCUCUCCAGUCCCCUUGCGCGAACUUUUCUUUAAUAAUACACUGGCUCAAGUCAACGGGAUUGAUGGCUGGAUGAUUGGAAUGGUUGGCAAUGUUUCUCAAGAAAUGGACAAUGAAAUGGCGAUUGGUCUCACAAAUGAAUUGUUCCAGCGUGAUGAAAUCAGCCGAGAAGGUCUAAAUCUUGCUGCAUUGAACAUGCAACGUGCACGUGAACAUGGCCUACGUUUUUAUAGCGCAUUUCUAAGAAGAUGUCAGCGGCGUUAUCCCUUUUUGUAUCCCAGCGAACUUGAUCUCUCUCGUGUGAGAAGUUUUGACGAUAUUAGUGUACUUUUUGAACCAGAAGUACUGCAAAGUCUUAAAUCAGUUUAUAAUAAUCGACCUCAAAAUACUGAUGUGUUUGCAGCUGGCAUUGGUGAAAAACCGCGUAUUUCUUCAGCAAAUGAAAGCCCAAUUCUAGGACCUACCUUUACUUGUAUCGUCAAAGAUCAAUUUGAUCGGUUAAGACAAGGGGAUAGAUUCUUUUACACAAAUCCAUUGCCAGAAGGAUUUACGGAUGCUCAGCGAAAAGCAAUAGAAGCUCGUAAGUUGUCGGAUGUAAUUUGCGACAACAUUGAUGUUAUAUCAGUUCAGCAAAAAGCUUUCUUUGCAAAAGGACGUAAAGAAGUUUGCGAUAGAACAAGGCGACUGAAUAUUAGACCAUGGCGAGAGUCAUCGUGCUGUUGCCAUUAAGUGAAGACUGAAGAGUGUGAAAACCAACUGGAUUUUUUGCUUUAAGUCGUUUUUAAUUGUCUUAAACUAACUACUAAUGAAUGUUUACUUUAGAACUACAGGCUGAAUUUAUAUUCACAGACAAUGAAUUUUCAUACCUAGUAAAAUAAUAUUCCAUGAUUAUUUAUUACAUCGGUAUAAGGAUGUUUGUGUUUCAAAAACGCAUUCAUUCUGAAUAAACUUUUUAUAUUUCAAUGUAAAAGGAUUAUAUAUUUUCAAUAAAUUUAUUCAUGUUGUA